UUGGUUUUUUUGAAGUCAAUCAGCAGUGAGCAGGUUUCUUGUUUUGUUUCAUAGUUACUGUUAUUAAGUCGUAGUCAUUACUUAAAUAUAUAUAUUUGUCAUCUUUAUUCUGGCAGAGAACAAUUUUACCAAAUAUAUGAACAUGGAGGCAUGUAUUGCAGUUGAAAGAGAGAUUGAUAAGGUUUUAACAAAAUUUGGUGGUAUUAAUGAACAUGCUGAAAGAGUAAUGCGAGAUAUUUGUGUUCACAUUGAAAACUUGAAGAGGGAACUUGACAAUUGUUCUCCUGAUCAUGAACUCACGGCUUCUCAGGUGGUGAUAAUGAAACAGGCUAUGAAUAAAGUGCGGGAAACAGUUCAGAGGCUGGCUACUGACCAUAGAGAUUUACACAGCACAGUUUCUAAAGUGGGAAAGGCUAUUGAUCGUAAUUUCGUCUCCGACUUUGCUUCUACAAGCAGAGAAGAUGUAUUUUCUGGACCAGAAAAAAUAAUGUUGUUAAACCAAGUGAUAUGCCAACACUUCUAUCGUCAAGGAAUGUUAGACAUUGCUCAAGAAUUGGCUCAGGAUGCAGGACUAAAGACUGAGGAGGAUGUAAAGGAACCAUUCACAGAACUGAACAGGAUCUUGGACAGCCUGAAACAGAAGGACCUCGGGCCCGCACUGGAGUGGGCGGCUGCUCACAGGGAGGCUCUGGAAGCACAGAAUUCAAUUCUGGAGUUCAAGCUGCACCAGUUGCGUUUCAUAGGACUAAUACAGCAAGGAGCUUCAGCACAGUCAGAUGCAAUAGCGUACGCCAGAACACACUUAAGCCAGUUCGUACACAGGCAUGAGAAAGAUAUCCAGAAUUUGAUGGGGAUGUUCCUGUAUCUGCCACAUGGAAUCAACACGUCCCCAUACUCACAUCUGCUGGAACCUAGACUGUGGUCAGAGAUCUACGACAUUUUCACGAGAGAUGCCUGUUUCCAGCUCGGUCUCAGUGUAGAGAGUCCUCUUAGUAUAUGUAUUAAUGCGGGUUGUACAGCAUUACCAGCCCUCCUGAACAUUAAGCAAGUCAUGCAACAACGACAAGUCACUGGAAUUUGGAAUGGCAAAGAUGAACUGCCAAUUGAGAUAGACCUCGGCCAAGAUAACAGAUACCAUAGUGUGUUUGCUUGCCCCAUUCUGAGGCAGCAGAGCACAGAUCUGAACCCUCCCAUGAGACUGGUCUGUGGACAUGUCAUCUCACGGGAUGCUCUCAACAAACUGGGCAGCACUAACAAGUGAGUUUGACUCUAUUUU